AUGCCAUUAUCUCCAAAGUCUAGGGAAGUCGGCCGAAGACUGACAGGUCGAGGCAUCCCGUGUUUCGACUCGUCCAACUUUUCUAGCUACCUCGCCGGACGUAGCAUGGCGUCCACUAGAAAGUAUGGGCAGCUCUUGGGUUGGGUUCCCAGCAUCUAUCCAUCUGCGACGUUAUGCUGCACUCUACUUGCCGACAUCGAGCUCCGUCGAAUCCGCCCUAGGAGCGUUUCGAUUCUAUUCUCUGUCACCUUCCUCCACCAUGCCCGUUUCUUGCAGUUCCUUGCCUCACCCUCACAGGAGCAAUCAGUGUCAGUGACAUCCCAUCCUCGAAUCUCGAUGACGGAUCAUUCUUCAGAGAAUCAAGAAAAUCCCAUACAGUCCAAGACUCCAGUCAGUUAUGGAUACCGUGCCCCAGUUCGGAGCGGUGUUCCUUGCAAGAAAGAGACAACUCGCACACCUGAGAAGUGA